AUGCUCCAGUUUUGGAUGGCAGGGGUUGGCAUGACCCUUCAGGUGGUGGCCCUCCGGAGAAAGGUGGAAUCGAUUGCGCCGCCAGCAAACAUCCACCCAGCAGGACAGUCGACAUACGCUAGAGCAAUGGAUAUUCACGCUCAAGGUGGAGAAAACGAUGCCUAUAGAGCGAACGUGAACACGUUUACCGAGACCGACGCGGCGUUCCACCCACCGGACUUUCCUCGAAGCUCCUCGACACAAGGGAAUGGGCGUCGAGGAGGAAGGGAACGGGGGGCACGCUAUGCGGAGCACGCGCCUUCAAGGAGGGAAUCUGCUUCAUCGAUUCCAAAAGCAUGCCCCAGCACGGUAGACUAUCUACCGGGAGCGGUCAAGGGCGGCAGGGCGCUAGCUCAAGCCCGGCAGACGAAACCCCGCCGAUACGCGGAUACACAGACAGAGGCACGCGACAGCGUACGACCAGAAGCACACGCUCAGACUCAAACCGAAGCCGGGUGCCUGAUCGGCGAGGCGUGUGCGGGUUUAGCUUCUGCACUGGCUCCGAGUGAUGCACCGCGCGCAGAAAACGCGCGCGUUUUUCGCGAUGGAGAAACGCUCGAAUGGGUCAAUCUCACCGGUCGUCGGCGUGCGGUAGGGUUCGGCGGUAGCAGACCAGGCGCAGAUGCUCGCUGGGUACCGGCGGGUCAAGCUGGGUUGACAAGCCUGCGGGAGGAACCGAAACGCAGCCGUUGCGCGAUGAACGAGGAAUCACCGAGACGCGAAGCACACUGCGGCGAAGAUUUGUACCCGUGCGAGGGGUCAGAGUCGGAUGGAAGAUCUCAUGGCAGUGUUGCAGGGGUGGAUGUCGAGGCGGAACAAGCAUGGGGUUGCCGGUAUCGCAGCAGUGUGGGCGCGUCUCAACGACAGGAGGACAGAGUUUCAUCCGCCGCUGGGGCGUCUGUCGGUGUUCAAGAGACCCCUUGUUUGGGAGAGAGCGCCGGAAGGGUCGAAGGGUUGCUCUCCGGCAGCGAACAGCAAGGGGCACAGCAGAUGUCGAACACAGUGCCUGGAGAAGCCGCUGUCGACGUUAGCAAGCGGGAGGGAGCGGGGCAGGCCGAAUCACCGGCUCGUGUGGAAGUAGCAGACGACAGCAAGCGGGAGGGAGUGGGGCAGGCCGAUACAGCAAGUCUUGUGAAAGAAGUGAACCACGCAGCUCAGACACAGGUUAAAGGUGGAGAAAAUUUUGCCUGUAGAGUGAGCGUGAACACGUUUACGGAGACCGACGCGGCGUUCCACCCACCGGACUCUCCUCGAAGCUUCUCGACACAAGGGAGCAGGCGCCGCGGAGGAACGGAACGGAGGGCAAGCUGUGUUGACGAAAUCUCUUCGACUAGGGAAGAAAUUCCUGCUUCAUCGAUUCCAACAGCCUACCGCGGUACGGUAGCCUGUCUACCGGGAUUGGGCGAGGGCGAUAGGGCGCUAGCUCAAGCUCCGCAGACUCCGCAAACGAAAUGCCACCCAUGUGGAGGAACGGAGACAGAGGCAUGUGACAGCGUACGACCAGAAGCACACGCUCAAACUCAAACCGAAGCCGGGUGCCUGAUCGGCGAGGCCUGCGCGGACAUAGUUUCCACACCGGUUCCAAGGGCUGUUUCGCUGCCAGGGAGCACUCAAGUUGUUCGCGAUGGGGAAGCGCUCGAACGGGUCAACCUUACCCGUCCUGGCAUUCGCGGUUUUGUAGCGUUCGGCGAUAGCGGACCAGGCGCAGACGUUCAAUCGCUACCUGUGGGUCAAGCUGGGUUGACAAGCCUGCGGGAGGAACCGAAACGCAGCCGUUGUGCGAUGAACGAGGAAUCACCGAGACGCGAAGCACACUGCGGCGAAGAUUUGUACCCGUGCGAGGGGUCAGAGUCGGAUGGAAGAUCUCAUGGCAGCGUUGCAGGGGUGGAUGUCGAGGCGGAACAGGCACCGGGUCGCGGGUGUCGCAGCAGUGUGGGCGCGUCUCAACGACAGGAGGACAGAGUUUCAUCCGCCGCUGGGGCGUCUGUCGGUGUUCAAGAGACCCCUUGUUUGGGAGAGAGCGCCGGAAGGGUCGAAGGGUUGCUCUCCGGCAGCGAACAGCAAGGGGCACAGCAGAUGUCGAACACAGUGCCUGGAGAAGCCGCUGUCGACGUUAGCAAGCGGGAGGGAGCGGGGCAGGCCGAAUCACCGGCUCGUGUGGAAGUAGCAGACGACAGCAAGCGGGAGGGAGUGGGGCAGGCCGAUACAGCAAGUCUUGUGAAAGAAGUGAACCACGCAGCUCAGACACAGCAUCUUGAGCGGAAGCUACACAACGCGAAGUGCACGGUCGCAGCCUUCAAGAUCGCAUUCUUACUGGCAAGGAGCAAGCCUUUUGACCUGCGCAAUGACACCGGCGGCGGGCUAUGUCGAAUUGCUGCACUCUCAGAGGGCACCCCGCAAGUGGCGCUAGCAUUCUCAAGGUGGAGGGCUCGGGGUUGUACGGGGGAGAGUCGCGGACGUGAAGUCACCAAGACAUCCGAUUGUGCGGCUCAGACCGCAUCAGAAGAAGCACGAGCUUCGUCUCACGAUUCGAUCGACAUUCAGAGAGGAGCUUCGUCUCAAGAUUCGAAAGAGUUCCCGAAAUCGGCCGCGUCGGCGCGGAUGUCAUCGCCUCGUCAUGGGGCCGGCAGCCCCGGCAAGGAAAAUGGGCUCGUAGAACAAGCUCCAGCCAAGAGGACCAUUGAACGAGGGACGGGCGAUGAAGAUACGGAGGAAGCUAGAUUCCACGACAUGCCACCGCUGCCCACGGAAAGCCGCCGUCCUCUUUACCCACCGAUGCCACCGAUGCCGCUCGCGCCUGCACCGUUGCUUUCCGGGGUCGGACCGAAAGAGAGCAGAACGUCGCUUGACGGUCGUUCGGCGCCCCAAGCUUCCCCCCACGCUGCCCCGGAACUGUUGCUAGUUUGCGCGGCAACUCGGGAUCCGCCGUCUCUCAUGCCCAUCCACGAGGACAGCAACGACAAAGGGGAGAGGCAACAAACUGGUGGUAGUUUCAGGAGGGGCACGGCGGGCGAGGUCCAAGAUCGAGAUCACGAGCCUGCAGCAAACCAACCUGGCGAUGAUUGGGCACCAACAACACCGUCUCCGCUUUCCUCUGAAGGACUAGAAAACACCAUCUCACCUACAUGCGAGGAGAAGGCCCGAGAUCAAACAACGAGCCUUUUGAGAGAGACGACGUCAGCUGUCAAAGAGGUACCUGCUACCGUGCCGUCAACUGCACGACGAGAACUGCAACAACAGAUUCCCAAGUCGGCGUUUCACAAUGACCAUUCGGUCGAAGGUUCGCCGGCGCAAACACGUACGCAGGCGCCAGAGUCGGAGGAAAAGAGUGAAACGACGUUUACCAUCCCUGACAAGGAAGAACCGGAUACGGCUUGCUCUGUUCGGAUGGUCAACGCAACUGAAAAGAAGCUAAUAGAAGAAGAAGAAGAAGAGCACGGGGAUGGCGAAACGGUACCCGGGGCGGGGCGGAAAGGAAGCGAGAGGCACGGAAUGCAGCGCCACACAUCGUACAUCGCGACCGAGACGAAACACGCCGAGGCCAUAGGUCAAGCUUCGCUUGAUGAAAGGGGAGACGCACCGCGAAAAGGAAAGGGGCACAAGAAGGACACCGAGCUUGGCCAGAAAGAGGAACAAUACCACCACGAAUCGCGGACCGCCGUCGAGAACGGAGAAGAGGAAGACACGGGUUCCUCGUAUCGCAGGGAUUGCGCCGUGCUGGCAGGGACGGCGAAGAUAGUGUUUGCGCUGGUGGCGUUGGAGCACCGAAGAGUAUCGUCCCGGUUUUACCGCUGGAAACGAACGCGUAGUAUGUAA